AUGUGUGGUUAGUUACACACGAACAUUGAUAUCAAGAGUUUACAUUUUUAUUUUAUCACUCUUGUUUAAAUCAAAUGGAUAGCAAUUCUACCUAUAAUUUAGCAUUAAAAGUGUCAGGAGCUUUUAAAUCAUUUAAAAAAAAUAAAAAUGUGAUCAAUAACUUGCACAUGAAUGUACCAAAAGGAGUAAUCUAUGGACUUCUGGGUCCAAGUGGCUGUGGAAAAACUACUUUAUUAAGUUCAAUAGUAGGUACACAAUCACUUGAUUCAGGAAAUAUAAUUUUAGAAACUGACUCCAUUGCGGAUAUCGGAUUUAUGCCUCAAGAAUUAUGUUUGGAUCAAUAUCUUUCUGUACGCGAUACACUUAAAUAUUAUGGGACCUUGUAUAAUAUGAAAAAAGAAGAAAUUAAAAAAAGAAUUGAGGAACUCUGCGACAUUCUUGAUAUAGAUUUUGUUAAUUCAUUCAUUAAACAUUUAAGUGGUGGACAAUCUAGAAGAGUUUCAAUAGCAGUUAGUUUACUUCAUGAUCCAAAUAUCAUUAUCUUAGAUGAACCCACUGUUGGACUGGAUCCAAUUUUAAGUAAAAAAAUAUGGGAUUAUUUUGCUGAAAUCGUUGAGCAGAAAAAUAAAACAAUUAUAAUUACUACACAUUACAUUCAGGAAGCCUCUCAAGCAGAUUUAAUUGGAUUGAUGAGGCAUGGUAUUAUUAUGGAAGAAGCCCCCCCUAAAAGUUUUUUAAUUAAGUACAAUACAGAUUUUUUGGAAGACGCCUUUUUAGAAAUGUGCAAUAAUCCUACAGUUUUUUAUGAAGGUAGAUCCAGUAGUAUUUCCGAUUGCUUAAAAAAAAAACAUAAUUUUUUUGAGAAGACUGAUAGAAGAAACAGCUACUUAUCCUCACACAGAAUUAAAGCUUUAUUGCAAAAGAAUUUUUUAGUAUCUUGUAGAGAUUUUAUGUACUUUUUUUUUGUAUACUUAUUGCCAAUAGUACAAGUUAUACUUUUAAACACCACGAUUGGUAAUAAACUAGAGUUCAUCAAUAUAGCUGUAUCAAAUAAAGAAACAAAUCUUACACGCUGUAGUAACUUUAACGUAAGCAGUUGUUUGUAUGAUAACUACAUUAAUGAAACCUUAAGUUGUGAUUUUGUAAACAGCUUAAAAGAUCUCGAGUAUAAUAUUGAAUAUGUUAAUGAUUUCAAUGAGGGAAUAAUGGCUGUUGAUAAUGGAUGGGUAGAUGCAUUUAUUUAUUUUCCAAAUAAUUAUUCAAAAGGUAUGCAUCAGUAUAUUGAACAAGAUGAACAAUUUUCACUUGAUUCAGUUUCUUUUAUUCAUGUCGGCAAUCGAGAUUUUAUAACUAAACAACAAGUAAUUAUGGAUUUAAAUAAAGCAACAAAUAACGUUUUGUUAAAUACAAUAAGUCACUGCUAUUCUACAAAAAACGUAUUAAAUGUUCCUAUGAAAUUACAGAAAGAAUAUGGUGCUAAAAUAAAUCUUCGCAGACAUGGGACUAUAGGAAAAGAUUUAAUUUUAUUGACAUUCUAUUUCUCUAGCGCUUGUUCAGCUAGUUUUAUGCUCUUAGAAAAAUUAGAUGGUUUACUAAGUAGAUCAAUGGUUGCAGGAGUUACUCUUUUAGAAGUCAUGAUUGCAUUGCUAAUCAUUCAAUCUUUUGGAUUUUUUUUACAAAACAUUAUUAUGGUACUUAUAUCGUACGUUUGUUAUGAUAAUCCCUAUGAAAUAUCAAGUGGACUAUAUUUGGUAUUUUUCGUUUUUAUAAUUACAUCAUGGAAUGGUUUUAUUUAUGGAUUGAUUGUUGCUGGUUUAUCAAGAAAUAGCACUGAAGUAAUGUUUCUCACUUUUGGAUAUGGUUUAGUUCAAGUACUUAUUGGAGGUGUAAUGUGGCCAAUAGAAGCGCAAGUCUGGUUCUUGCGUAUUGUUUCUUAUAACCUACCAAUGACUGUAAAUGGAAGGUUAUUAACGAAUUUAGUUGUAAAAGGACUACCUCUUGGUCAUCCAGAAAUAGUGAUUGACUUCGUGAAAUCUAUAGCACAUAUUUUUGUUCAUAUCGGAGCAGUAUUUUCUUUAAAAUAUAUAAAAAAUGACUCUUGGAUUAUACAUAAAUAAUAAAUAUAGUGUCUUGUUAUAUAUAUAUAUAUAUAUAUAUAUUUUUUUUUGUUUGUAUGUAUUUAGAAUAAAUCCUAAACUAUGUCUCACGAAAUAUUUUCGAAAAU